GAACUGCGGGGCCCGUGGGAGGCCACAGCCUCCCCGCAAAACGCGGCCUUUCCUGACGUAACUCUGAGGUGAUUUCUCUCCUCCUUUUUCUCUCCGCCGGCGGGUUGCGGGCUCGGAGCGCUUCUGCGCGUGCGCCGGGCCCGGCUCUCACCGAGCAUGCCCUGGGCUCCCACGUAGCUCGUUGUGCCUUCACACUGCGCAUGCUCCUUGCCCGCACUUGGCCUCGCCCUCGCCACUGCGCACGCUCCGUCCCUCACUGGGCUUCCCUCGCCGGGCCCGGUGCCCUUGCGCCGGGCGGUUGGGGCGCCUUCCGGCCGCGGGCGCGUGCUCCAUCCCGGGCAGGCGUAGAGGCCGGCUGGUGUCUGCCGGGGCGCGCGGGCGUACGCGGAAGCUGCGGGGCCGGGGGACCCCCGCACCUGCCGCGGCCCGCGCCCCCGCCCCACCGGCCCUCGAGCCCCGCCUAGCGGCCGUCGGCGCAUCCAACCAUUGACCCGAGUGGACUGCUUGCCCCGCCUCGCCUGCCUCCUGGCCGGCCCCCCGCAGACCCCCGGGAGGACCGGUCUCCCCGACUCUCCAGCGCUGGCCCCGAGCGUCUCUGCUGGAAUGCGGAGCGCCUCCCCCGCCUCUCGGGAAAGCCCCCGUCUGAAACCUGCAGCCGGAGGCGUAGGUUGCCGACCGGCCGCGCUGGAGACCCCCGCCCAGAGACCUCCGCGGGCCGGACUCCCCGAGAUCUUUUCUCGCCCAGACCGCUUACCUGGCGCGCGUUCACUGGCCCCCGUACGGGAGAGCAUGGCUGUGACCGCGGGAGCGCCCCUCGGUCCCGGCCCUCCACCCGGGUUGCUGCGCGCUCCGACCGCAGCGCCGCGCGGUUCUGGAGGACGCCGCUUCGGCAGCACCGUUCAGAGGGGUGACCGUAGAGACAGGUUCUCCAGCGGGGCGGCCUGGCAGUGGGAGGUGGGGGAAGCGGUGACCGGAGCCCGCGCAGUGCACAGCGCCCUGGGGGUCUUAGGGCGGGAGCCACCAGCCCCGCUCACGCCCGGCAUCUGAGGGCGCCAGGUAUUGCGCAGCAUCCAGGACUGCUGACAGCGGUGACCCUGCGUCAUCCAUGGGGAGCCUGCGUUGUGGUCUGAUUCCUUGUUCGGAAGAAAGUGGGUUAAUCCGUGUCAGAAAGGCUUCUCGUUGACAGUUACUUUUGAAAACUUUUACCCGCUGGUGCUUGGAGUAAAUCCUUCAUCCACCUUAAUGACUAAUAGUCAUGACGUUUAAAUAUGAGUACCAGUAAAUAUCAAUGGUAAAAAGAAAGUAGACAUGGGGGGCAUUGGUUCACUUCAAAAUAACGUUGCAUCUAAUUUAUUCUUCCUUUUUACACUGUUCGGUGUAGAAUGUGCUUCAUUCUCUGGAAAUAAAAGUUGCAAAGGAUAUGACCCCUGCCCUUGAGGAACCUGACCGUGUUCAUGGCAGGGCGUGUUAGGUGUGUAACAGGAGAGGAGCCAGGGUAUUGAGAGGGUCUCUGGGUGAGGGGAGACGACCAGAGGGACCAAAGCCAGCGGGGGUGAGGAGAGCAGACGCCAGAGCUGACCACGAGCAAGGCUUGACGGGCGGUGGGCACUGGCUAGAAAGGAAAGAGAAGAGGUUUCCAGUUUGGGAGACCUGCUGGCUGGCAGCACACCGAACUAAACAGGAAAUACGUGGGGACCGGCAGAUGUGGGAGGGUAGGGUCCUAGGUACCAUCCUGGACAAGAGGGCUGUCCUGUGAUGGACGAGUCCCGAGAAGCCUCAGCAGGGAUACAGAGUUGGAAGUCAUAGGCCGGUAGCAAUUAAGGCCACAGGCACUCACGCACAAAGCGAAGACCACGGCCAUGCGCCGCUAUCUGUGCCGGAUGCUGGAGCAGCAGAGAUGCGCCAGCCCAGGCCUCGAGCCUUGGUAAUGGUUUCUCUCUUCAGGCACCUGCUGGGCCUGCACUAAGCAUUAGGAACACACAGCUGACAACAGGCUUCUUCCUUCUAAGGACUCUCAUGAGAGGGUAGAUAUAAAGGCCGAUCAUUCAAAAUAGAUGUGUUAUUGCAGAGGGGACGAAGUACUGUGGUAGCUUAGAUGGCUGAGCUACUGGCCAGGAGCACAUCACUAGAGCUUUGUAGAGAUGGUGACGUUUGAGCUGGAUCUUUCUGUAGAGGUUAGCCAAGUAAAGGAAAGGUAAGAAAGACAGUCGGUGGGAAUUGGGUGUGCAAGUUUGUAGGGUAGACGCUCACCCUCAUGCUGUCCAGUAAGGGUGGAGAGACGAACUGUGAUCAGAAUAUGAAGACUCUUGCAUGCCAGUCGUAGAGUUUGCAUUUUAUCUAGGGAGGAAUAGAGAAAUCAAUGUAGUAUUCUAAAGGGCACCGGUGGGACCAGCUCUGCUUUAGGAAAACAAAAGGCACGGUCUCCACUCCUGCAUCUGAUCGGUGUCAGAGUACAGAAAAAUCAACAGAUACUUAUUGUUGUGUGAGACACCACGUUGGGCAUUGUGAAGAGUGUCAAAAGACAUUGAAUAGAUUCCUAGUCCUUAAAUAGCUUUUACAUUUCUGCUGGGGAGACAGACAACUUACAGUAUUCGGCACUGAAUAAACACUGCGUAAAUGGCGUCCCUCUGUAAUGCUGCAGUUGAAAGGCGUUUGCUCGUUACAAACUGCAGUGGUCGAGGAAGGUGUGUAUAUUAGUUAGCUAGGGCUGCCGUAACAGAGCACCACAGACUGGGGGCCCUGAACACCAGCAAUGUAUUUCCCACAAUUCUGGAGCCUAGAAGGCCAAGAUGAAGGCUCUGGCAGGCUUGAUUUCUCCCGAGCCCUCAGCUUGUGGACCGUCAUCUUCUCUGUCUUCACAUAGUUUCUCUCUGUGUCUGUGUCCUUCUCUCCACCUCUUACAGGAGCACCAGUCACGUUGGAUUAGGGCCCACCCUUAAGGCCUCAUUACAACCUACGGUCUCUUAGAAGACCCUGUCUCCACGUACGCUUACAUUCUGAGGUGCUGGGGGUUAGGACUUCGACCUAGGAAUCGCUGGGGACAGUCCAGCCCACGACCGAAGGCUUAAUGGAGGAAAUGGCCUUGAGCUGAGCUUUGAAGGGUGAGCCCGAGCAUGGAGGGGCUGCUGCACUACAUCAACCCAGCCCACGCCAUCUCUCUCCUGAGCGCCCUCAACGAGGAGCGCCUCAGAGGGCAGCUGUGCGACGUGCUCCUGAUCGUGGGGGACCAGAAGUUCCGCGCGCAUAAGAACGUCCUGGCCGCCAGCAGCGAGUACUUCCAGAGCUUGUUCACAAGUCAGGAGAACGGGUCACAGACUGUGUUCCAGCUGGACUUUUGCGAGCCAGAUGCUUUCGACAACGUGCUGAACUACAUCUAUUCUUCGUCUUUAUUUGUGGAGAAAGGCAGCCUUGCUGCUGUGCAGGAGCUAGGCUACAGCCUGGGCAUCUCCUUUCUGACCAACAUCGCUUCUAAGACGCCCCAGGCCCCCUUUCCAACGUGUCCCAACAGAAAGAAGCCCUUCACUGAAGACGAUGAGAACAGUUCUCAGAAGAGAAGCGUCAUCGUUUGUCAAAGUAGAAACGAGGCCCAGGGGAAAACCGUGAGUCAGAAUCCAGCCGACCUCAGCCACCCUCCUCGGCCCUCCCCCGGCAUCGCCGUCCAGGCCAACGCCAGUAAGGCCCCCGGUCCCAAGCCCACGGAGACAGCGCACCACGUGGCAGCAGCUGAGAAGAGUCGGCCGAAAGAUGGCCCCGCGGGCCUCGCGAGGCCCCCCGAGCUCGCCGGGCCAUCGGAGGAGCCGAGCCGAGGCGGCCUGGCCAAGCGGGGCGCGGCGCCGCCUCCGAAGCCCCCGCAGGACCGGGGGGCCGCGGACGAGAGGCCGGGCGCCAGCACUCCGCUCCCCCGAGGCGUGGCCGUGGAGCUGGCACUGCGGAGCCCGCGGCCGCCCGUGCUGUCUCUGCGCGGCGCCCCGGAGACGCCCUUCCUGCUGAAGGAGGCGGGCCGGGGCGGCGGGCCGGGCGAGGACAGGAACCUGCUCUACUACUCCAGGCUGGGGCUGGUGAUCCCGGCCGGGGGGCCGGUGCCCGGGGGCCAGGGCGUGGACAGGAGCGGCCCGCUCGUCAAGAGCCUCCUCCGCCGCUCGCUGUCAAUGGACAGCCAGGUCCCCGUCUUCGCGCCCGCCGCCGACCUGCAGCCCCCGCAGGGCUCCUGCUCGGGCUCGGGCGACGCGGCGGGGAGCUCGCUCGGCGCCUUCUCUCAGGGGCCAUCCUCCAGGGACGCGAGCGAGGCGGCGGCCCCCGACGCCCGGGCCCCGGCCCCGCAGCCGCAUCGCCUCCGGUCCUUCAGCGCGUCUCAGCCGGCGGAGCGGCCGGGGGCAGCCCCCGGGCCCGAGGUGCGGGUCAAGGCCGAGCCGCGCAGUCCCCCGGAGCCCGGCGACAUCAUCCGUGUCACAGUGGGGGACGCUGCGGCCACCACGAGGGACCUGGUCCCGCAGGCGGACGACGACCGGCAAGACGCAAGCCGACUCCCGGCCAAGAGGCGGUUCCAGGCGGACAGGAGGCUGCCGGCCAAGCAGCCGAAGGCCGAGGGCCGGGGCUCGCCGGGCGCGGGAGACCCCCGUGCGGAGCGCUCGAGCCCGCCUCUUCUCGAGGCCGACUUCCCGGGUUCUGACUUGAGCAAGGACGAAUUCGGUGAGCUGGAGGGUGCGAGACCAAACAAAAAAUUUAAAUGCAAACACUGCCUUAAGAUCUUUAGAUCCACGGCCGGCCUUCACCGGCACGUGAACAUGUACCACAACCCCGAGAAGCCCUACGCCUGCGACAUCUGUCACAAGCGCUUUCACACCAACUUCAAAGUGUGGACGCACUGCCAGACGCAGCACGGCAUCGUGAAGAACCCGUCCCCGGCCGCCAGCUCGCACGCCGUUUUGGACGAGAAAUUCCAGAGGAAGCUGAUCGACAUCGUGAGGGAGCGGGAGAUUAAGAAGGCCCUGAUCCUGAAGCUGCGGCGCGGCCGGCCCGGCUUCCAGGGCCCCGGCAGCUCCCCCGUGCAAGCCAUCAAGAGGAGCCUGCGGUCCCGGGCCAAGGGCGCGUACGUGUGCACGGCCUGCGGGAAGGCCUACCGCUUCCUCUCCCAGCUCAAGCAGCACGUGAAGAUGCACCCGGGAGAGAAGGCCCUCGGGGCCGGCAGGGCCACCAGGCCCAGGGAGCGCGCGGCGCCCGGGGGCCCGGCGGGCGGCGGCUCAGAGCUCUACCUGUGCCGCCUCUGUAACGCCAAGCUCUCUUCUCUUCUAGAGCAGGGGAGCCACGAGCGCCUGUGCCGCACGGCCACCGUGUGCCCCUACUGCAGCCUCAGGUUCUUCUCGCCCGAGCUCAAGCGCGAACACGAGGGCAAGUGCGAGUACCGCAAGCUGACCUGCCUGGAGUGCAUGCGCACCUUCAAGUCGGCCUUCAGUAUCUGGCGGCACCAGGUGGAGGUGCACAACCAGAACAGCAUGGCCCCGGCCGCAGGCGCCUCCCCGCCCCGGCCCGACCUCAACGGUGAGGCCAGCGGCCCGACCCGGCCACAGGCCCUGCCCGAACCCGGCCGGGCCGACGCCGCCACAGCUGCUGCCGCCGCCGCCGAAGACGACCCCGCGGGCGGCCGCGGCCCCGAGCCCGUGAACUUCGACCCGGAAGACGCGCCCUGCCUCCCCGAAGACCUCAGCCUCUCCAGGCCGCUGAAGGUCCAGGUCAAAGAGGAGCCGGCGGAGGGGGCCGAGGAGGAGGCGCCCGAGCCCGGCGCGGCCCCCAAGGACCUGUGGCCAUGCGAGAAGUGCGGCAAGACCUUCCCGGCGCCCAAGCAGCUGGAGCGGCACCAGGAGCUGCUGUGCUCCGUGAAGCCCUUCAUCUGCCACGUCUGCAACAAGGCUUUCCGCACCAACUUCCGGCUCUGGAGUCACUUCCAGUCCCACAUGGCUCAGGCCGCCGAGGACCCGGUGCACAGGGAGCCCGAGGUGGGCCCGGGCCCCACUGGCUCCCCAUCGCCGCCCCCUCUGCCCCCGCCGCUGCCCAAGAUCCAGCCCCUGGAGCCCGACAGCCCCACGGGCUUGCCCGAGAACCCGGCUCCCAGCGCCGACAAGCUCUUCGCGGCUCGGGAGUCAGACACGCUGUUCUACCACGCGCCACCCCUCUCGGCGAUCACGUUUAAAAGACAGUUUAUGUGCAAGCUGUGCCAUAGGACAUUCAAGACGGCGUUCAGUCUCUGGAGCCACGAGCAAACCCACAGCUAAAAGGCCGCCCGCUUCGCUCCUAGGAGACCGGAGCCCCUCGCCGGAUUUCAGCCUGUGCCGUGAGCUGUGUCAUAAGGAACAAAACAUCUUUCCGAAAGGAGUAAUAAAGGUUGCGAACUGUCAUGCUUGAAUAUAAGUUUGAGGGAAACUGAUGUUAAUCAGCAAUGUCCUUACUCAACCUAGAAAAACUCCAAAACACCUUGUGCUUCUGGACCUACGGUCACAGGAUGGCUUGACUUCGUUACUGUUGAAAUUUGUUUUUGGUCGUGUGCAUGGUUCCUCAUUCCAUGGUAUCAGUAUAAUCUUUUACUUGAGGUGGUUUGGGUUUUUUUUGUUUUUACUGAUUUGCAAUUAGUGAAACACUGUUCAAGUAUUUCUUCUUUUGAUUCUCUUAAGACGCCUAAGUUCUGGUUAAAUCUCAGCCGUGUUUGUAAGUCCAAAACGUAUCGGAUCGAAGUGGAGUAGUUUGCAGUAUUAAGAUCUUAGAAUACUUCAGCAAUAAAAAAUGAUAAACCUCAACUUUAAUAAGUUAUCCUGACACUUGAUAAAAAUAAAUAUUUGGUAUUUUGUGGUCAUUGAGAACUUUUUUUUGUAUGAAAAUUGUGAGAUAUAAAUCAGCAAUAGUAACACUUAGAUUUUUAUAAAAUAACAAAAACUUGCUCUUGGGUCAUUUCAUAUAAUUAGUGAUGGAAGACUUGGGAAAUGAAAACAUUAAGAUUUCUGGAAGCCCUCCACGUCGGUUUCCAAAGCUUCGGUAGUGGCGGGCAUGGUAAUCAAACGUGCUCCGUCACGGCUCUGAAUUCAGACCAGCAUCGAGGGGCUGUGCGUGUUUGCUUUCCUCUGGUUUGCGCUGUCACAAAUGGAAACUCUCAGUGUAUUGGGGACAGAGAACAAAGAUAGCAUAUGGCACAAAUUUUGAAUUUAACAUUAGUGUAACAAGGUCAGGACAUAUAUUUACAUAGAUCCCAAGCCUCCGGAGUGAGUACAGCUGCUCUAAAUCCCAAAUUAUCGUUUACUCUCAGACACUUGAAGCAGAGGGAGAAGCCACACUGCAGUCUCCACAUGCUUUUCAAGAACAAUAUAUACAAUAAUCAGCUUUCCUGCCUCUCUGUCUUGUGAUUUCUGGUAGAAUUUUUUGGAGUUGAUGGUGGUAAGAUGUCCACAGUGAGACCAUUAUGCUUUAAGUCACUGCUUAAUAUUCCAUAAAUAUGUAUUAAAGUACUAUCAAGGGUCCAAAAUUAGUGUUUGCUACUUAUUUUGGCCCAUAGGGCUUGGGCUUCUUUUCUUUUUUAUUGUUUUGUGUAAAUUGUAAUUCAAAGCCUUUCGGUGGGUGUAAUCCAAAGUUCAGUGGGGUGUUUCAAAAGGAAAAGUUUAUUUCAUUGGCAGGGGUGGGGAAGUGAGCUAUAUAAAAGUAGAAAUAUUGUUGAAACCCCUAAGUUCUUUCAACGUAAUGAUGGAUUAAGCCUCCAGGUUUAUUAAUUUUUUUGCAAGCUGUUCUUUCAGAUAAGAAAGUCAACUACUGUGACUAAGGAGUAAUCUGCUGAGUGCCUAAAUUGGUGCUCUAGCAGCAGAGAAGUCUACUCACCAGUCUCGUAACCCGCAUUCCAUACCGACGGUAGGAAGGGGAUUCUUAUUUUUUAUUGAAACACAAGCAUUUUUAUAAAAUUUUAACUGACUUUGUACAUUGUAGAAAUUACAUAUGAAAGUUUGCCUUUUAUUCUUUCAUUUGGAAACUAUCAAAAGUCCCCAACUAUGGUUACUUCCUAUUUUUGUUCUUAAAUUUGAUGGAGAAAGUAAAGUCAAAUCAAGUUGCAGUUAUUGAUUAUUGCCAUCUUUAUGUUGUCUUGAAGAAAUCUAUGCAUUUUAAAGACAAAACGAAAACGUGAUUUUAUGUGAUGGAUUACUGUUCUUUGAAUUCACUGCCUGUAUAAUGUGGUAUUUCUUACUCUGAACGUCCUGGUAGCUAUCACUUCAAAACAAGCCGGUUUCCUUCAGAGUGAUCAUUACUUAUGGCUGUGGAAGGAUGGGUUAGUAAUUCCACGAUACAUGGGAUCUUGGCGUUGUAAGUUCAGGAUCCCAGGACUUGAACCUUUAUGCUACAUUUUUGAAGAUUUUUUAACAACGUUAAUGAAUAAAAAAUAUUUUUGAUCUAAAUAUAGGCUCUGCAUAUCUGUUAGAUUUUAAAACUUGCCAGUGUUUGGUCUUGUUCACAUUUUUGUCUAGGCAAGGAGCAUAAGAUUUCAAAGAAAAUUUUGAACCAAAAACAUUUGUAAGGCAGUUCUGGUUUUUCUAUUACUUUUUAUACUGUACCUUAAAAGCAUCAGGCUGAAAGAGUUUAUUUUGGUGGUCAAAAAAUAGGCUUCCACUCAUUUAACUAUUUUAAAUGUUAAGAUGUAAAAUAAUGAAAGACACAUAAAUUGCUUUAUUCAGUAAAGUUUUGUUUAAGAAUGUUUAUCUCAGCCAGUAGGCAAAUACUUGGUAUAAGACAAGUUGGCCUUUUCUUGCUGAAACACGUUAGCUAGUAAAGAUAUUCUUGAAGAUGUUUUUUUCUGAUUGUAAUUAAUUUUUGAGAAUGUAAAAAGCUCAUUAUUCCUUGUAAGUAUUCAGGAUGCCUGCUUUUUUAUGCAAUUGUGGAAAGAAUGUCAGAUGUUUUAAUAUAUUCUUUGUUAAUUGAAAACUUGUUAUUGAAUCGUUUUCUUCAUUUGGGGGAGGGAGGAACACCACAGAAAGUGUGUUUUUAUCCAAGUAAGCAAUGGAGGUAACAAAUCGUGUGCAUUUUUUACAGGUAAAAUAUCUAAAGAGUAAUAGAAUAUUCACCUUUAAAACUAGUUGUGGUUAGUAUGCGUUUAUAAUUUUGUCAGAAUAUACAGCUGACAGUUCGACAGUGAUGUUGUCUGCAUUCGUAGGGAGGUGGAUGUGGCUCCUGGUUUUCUGUUUGGGAACAGAUCAUCAUGGCCUUCUCUUUAAAAAUAUGCCCCAGCACUUAAUCUCGGUGAUAGUCUGAUCCACACACAGCACCGAUUGGUGCUAAGAGUAGAAACUGAGACAAGAAUAAAAUGUGCCCUUUGGUGGAGGAAAGAAGUGUAAUCAGGCCAGCCGGACGGUCGGAUGAGGGAGGGACAGGAAUGGACUGAUCCAAGUCGGCCUUUGUUCCCUCAAACUGUGAGUGUGUGUGUGUGCGCGCGUGUGUGUGUGUAGGGAUGGAUGUGUGUGUGUGUAGGGAUGUGUGUGUGUGUGUGUAGGGAUGUGUGUGUGUGUAGGGAUGUGUGUGUGUACAGCCAAAAUCUGGAACUUUAGGAAGUAAAGUUAUUUUCAUUUUCUUACUGCAAAAAUAAUGUCAUUCAUAACAGGUUUCUUUAUAAAUUGCACUAAUUAAUAUUGGAAUGUUACGAGUCAGUUUAUCAAUUUCUGAUGUGUCUGAUUUUUUUUGCAAUAAUUGUGAAAAGCAUUAUUGAUUUAAAUAAUGCUAGCACAUAUUCUUUAAUAAGUUCUUUAACACUGGCUUUUUUUUUAAGUUUUACAAAUAGGUUUUUCUCUUGUGGCUUUAGCACUUUAAGGAGCUUGGCGUUCGCAUAGUUUUUGGUGUGCCCACUCAGCGCUUCCCGGCUGUGUGCACUAGGGUGCCCCGUUGCCACGUGACUGGGGAGAAAACUCACUGUCCGUGUUUAGAUUCUGGAAGAGAAAAAAUGAGUCAAUGUCAGGUUUUUAAAAAAUUCCAUUUAGAGACAGUCGUUUGGGAACCAAAGUAUUUUACUGUAAAUCUUUAAAACAGUUGAAUUCAGUGCUCUUUAGUCAUUUAUUAGUGCUGUCCAGAUUUUCCACAAAGUUAUACUUGGUUAAUACUAAUUCUCAAAAGGUGAUAAUUUCUUAUCGACAUUAAUCCAAGGCAGUUUCAAAAUUUUCAUUGAAUGCUUAUUGCUAAAAGAAAAACAGAUGUGGCUGCUUUAUAACUGUGUGUAUUUUGUUGUCAUACGCCUCAGCAGAGAAAUCAUUGUUCAAUUUUAUUUAGGAAUAAGCUUUUUUGGACUGAAAACUCAUAGUAAAAUAGGACUUCUACCUAAUGUUAAGCCAUUGCUUAUUUGUAUCCAAUUAUCUGUUUACUUUGCUUAAAUCUUGACUAAGGUUGAUUGGAGUCAAUAAAUUUGUACUGUAUUUUGUUUUGAA